CAUUGUUGUUGGUUGCAGGCGAGAAUCACAUCAGACAGAAAACGACACUGGUGUUGAAUAGCAAUCAAACUGUGCGUUUUUCUGGUGUUUAUCAGUAAAGUGUUACAGUCCUGGCGAUCGCUGCUGAUAAGCGUUUGCAGCAUUACAGAUUUAUUCAUGCAAAACUAAAUUAUUGGCCCUCGGAUGAGAACAUUGUGUGCGGAAUUACGGCAGGCCAUCUAGCAAUCGCUGUAGAAAGCUGCUUCUUUCUUUACACAACAGAUCAGAGCUCUGUAAGGACCUCCAAUGAAAAGAAAGUCACAGCCUCUCAACAUAUUCACCCCCCACCGUGAACCACUGACUUACGCCCAGGCCCAAAGGAUGGUGGAUCUAGAAGUUGAUGGUCAGCUCCACCGUAUCAGCAUCUUUGACAAGCUUGAGAUUAUCACGGAUGAGGAUCCUUUGGCACAGGAAAUUAUAAAGUGCAUCAGCAGUAAGGAGAAUGCUGAAAAACACCUGCAGAUUUCAGAAUAUUCUGCACAAAUCAAAAACAACAAUCAGAAAAAGAACACAUCUGACAGUAGUAUUCAAGGCAGCAUCCUUCCUGAGCCCAAAUUUCACACUGUGGAUUACAAUCUUCCAGUAAUUCCAAGCAGACCUUCUACAUACUACAAAUAUAAGCAGAAAACUGUAGAAGAGCUGGACCAGGAGGUGGAAUAUGAUAUGGAUGAAGAGGACUUUGCCUGGCUUGACCUGGUCAAUGAGAAAAGGAAGGAUGAAGGUCUCAAUCUGGUUUCUUUCGAUGACUUUGAGUUUCUUCUUGACCGUUUUGAAAAAGAGUCAUUCUUAGAGAGUCAAGGCCAACAUACCCUACAGUCAAUAGAUGAUGAAGAUGCUGUUUGCUGCAUAUGCAUGGAUGGAGACUGCAUGGACAGCAAUGUCAUCCUCUUCUGUGACAUGUGCAACCUAGCUGUUCAUCAGGAUUGUUACGGUGUUCCAUAUAUUCCAGAGGGUCAGUGGCUUUGCAGACAUUGUCUACAUUCCCCAACACAACCUGCAAAUUGCAUCCUCUGCCCUAACAAGGGAGGAGCAGUAAAACAAACUGAAGACGACAGAUGGGGUCAUGUGGUAUGUGCUUUAUGGGUACCCGAGGUUGGGUUCUCCAACACGGUUUUUAUAGAGCCUAUUGAUGGUGUCUCAAACAUUCCCCCUGCUCGAUGGAAACUUACUUGCUACCUCUGUAAAGAAAAAGGUGUUGGAGCUUGUAUCCAAUGCCACAAAGCUAACUGCUACACUGCAUUCCAUGUCAGCUGUGCACAGAAGUCUGGUCUUUUUAUGAAGAUGGAGCCUAUUAAGGUUUUGACUGACUCGGGUAUACCCACAUUCUCAGUGAAGAAGACAGCCUAUUGUGGGGCCCACACUCCAAACGGCUCAGUUAAAAGACCUCUUGCAAUAUAUAAAGACAAUGAGACAAAUUAUGGGCUUUGCCAGUUGGUAGAUAGAAAGAGCAGCAGAAUAGGAUUUAACAAGCAGAAGAGACUUAAAAAAAAUGAAGAGGCUAUUGUAACCACAAUUCCUCCCUUGUCUGUACCCAGCUUUUCAUCGGAAAGAUUGUCCCCCAUUCUCAACCAAGUUUCUUUGCAAAAGAAGACAGCAUUUGGUGAACUUGUCUUGAGUUACUGGACCCUUAAACGACAAUCUAGAAAUGGAGUGCCACUGAACAGACGCCUCCAAACUAGACUACAUCCCCCCAAAAACAGUCAGCGCAAACAGACAGAGGAGGAGACUCAAGCACUGAAAGAACAGUUGAAGGAGUGGCAUCAGUUAAGGCAUGAUCUUGAGCGUGCACGAAUACUGCUGGAGCUGAUCAGGAAAAGAGAGAAACUCAAGAGAGAGGAGGUAUUGCUUCAGCAGACAUUAAUGGAGUUCCAACUCACUCCUUUCACAGUCAUUUUGAGGGCUGUCCUGGAUCAGUUACAAGAGAAGGACCAGGCACACAUUUUUGCAGAACCUGUCAACAUUAAAGAGGUUCCUGACUAUAUGGACCAUGUGUUGCAUCCAAUGGAUUUUUCUACCAUGAGCAAACGCAUUGAAGCACAAGGCUAUAAGUAUCUGGAUGAAUUUGAAGCCGACUUCAAUCUAAUUACUGAUAAUUGCAUGAAGUACAAUGGGAAGGAUACAUUCUUCUAUAGAGCAGCUGUCAAACUGAGAGACCAGGGUGGAGCUAUCCUCAGGAAAACUCGUCGAGAUGUUCAGAGAAUCGGCUUGGAUUUGGAAACUGGCUUGCAUCUACUGGAACCACCCAAGAUUGAGCCUUCUGUUCCUUUUUCUUGGGAAGAUGUUGACCGCUUAUUGGUUCCAGCAAACCGAGAACACAUGUCUUUUGAAGAGCAGCUGAGGGAGCUACUGGAAAAGUUGGAUAUGACUACAGCAAUGAAAUCCAGCCCGUCACGCAGCAGACGACUGAAACUGCUCAAGAAAAACAUCAGUGACGUGAGGUUGGAGCUGAGUUUGAGGAAGGCUCUUACUGCUGUUAAACUGAAGAAUGCUGCAGAGGAAGAAGUUGGCCAUAUCCAUCAAAAAGGUGACAAAUCGGUCCCACCAAAACUUGAGCCAUCUGUUUCUGUGCUGCCUCUCAUUAAUGCGGAAAGUCACUCUGAGCCACCUACACUGAAACCCAUUGAACCCAAUCCCGACAAACACUCGCACCAGAAGGAUGGCAUUUCCCAGUCACUUAAUGGAGACUCUCAUCUGCUUUUAGAGGACAGUGACAUCAACGUAGUAGCUACAUCAACUCUGGCUGAGCCAUCAAGUCCAGUUAACCGACGAACUUCUGUGCUUUUUCGCAAAUCAAAAAGCAGCACAAGCCCUCUUAGGACUUUGAAAGAUGAUGAAACUUUGAAGGGAAGUUCGCAGAUAGGUACAAAAACAUUCUUGUCAGUCGUCAUACCUCGCCUGGAGACAUUGCUCCACACCAGGAAGAGGCCACGGAGUGCCAGUGGAGACAGUUGCAAGGAUGAAUUGCCCGUCAAACGGCUGGACACGGAGCUGUCAAACAGUUUUGGCCUGAAUUCAGAAAGAGAGUUGUCUUCUAGCAGCCAGCCUCGUCAAAGGUGCACAUCUGAAUCCAGCAUGUCCUCCAGCAACAGCAGUAUUGCACUUAAUCUUACGAAGUGUGGAAAGGGAAAGCCAGCCCUAAUCCGAAGGAACACUGUGGAGGACAAAAGUGAGAUUAUUGCUUGCAUCGAGAGUAGAAACUUUGCUAAAGCUGCUAGAAUAGCUGCUGAAGUUAACAGCAGCAGUAUAUGGAUGCCUUCUAAUGCAGCCACAGUUUUGCUGGAACCUCUUAAAGUAGUUUGGGCUAAAUGUAGUGGAUACCCUUCAUACCCUGCCCUGAUCAUAGACCCUCAAAUGCCACGGGUGGGGUGUCAGCACAAUGGAGUCUCUAUCCCAAUGCCCCCAUUGAAUGUGCUACAGAUUGGAGAACAGAUGCAGUACAAGUCCGAAGAAAAACUUUACCUCGUUCUCUUCUUUGACAACAAACGCACCUGGCAGUGGCUUCAUAAAUCUAAGAUGGUUCCUCUUGGUGUUGACAAAACCAUCGACAAAAUUAAAAUGAUGGAGGGUCGUACCUCAGCCAUUCGCAAGGCUGUUCGGACUGCCUUCAACCGUGCAAUGAACCAUCUUAAUCAUGUCCAAGAUGAACCUGUUAACGACUUCAGUGAUGUUGACUAAGAUUGACAAAUGUAGGCACAUUCCAUAGCUUUAGCAAUGCCUAUUUCAUACUGCAGGAUUUUAAGCUGGAUUUGCAAGUUAACAAGCUUGCUGACAGAUCGGGGUCUGAAAAGUAUUACCGAUGUUCGGCAGUUUUACGCCACAGUCACACUAGAGUUUGAGAAUACUAAACACUGAUUAAACAAACUCCAUAUUUAAAAUUUACACAUUUCACAUUUUGAUUUUAUAUUAGUUUCAUGCAAUGCAAAUUCGAAUAUCAGAGUUCUCCAAGCUUGAAACAAGCAAAACAAGCUUUCGUUUUCAGCCUGGUGCAUUCAGCUACAUAUGAAUGGGGUGAAAAGUGCAGUGUGACUGAAGCUUUUAUGUGUGAACUACUGAAUGACACAUCAAAGAGGCUCGCUCGUGUCGCAUACAAAAAUCUAAUAUCUAGCAGGACAAACAUUCUAAACCAGACAGCCGACUCGACACCAUGUUAUUUCAGAUGUAAUGACGAUCUACAGCCAAUAAGAGAGCAAGGCAUGGAUUGACGGGCCAUUGUGUUCUCGCACUCAACAGAAAUAUCAGUGAUUGGCUGGCAUUGGUUCACUUAUAUCUCCCAGCAAGGACACGAACACAAAAGGAUAUGAAAGAAAUUUAAAACAGCUUAGCCGUGCAGAUAUACCAGAUUGAUCUGAUGACAGAUCAGCUGAAUAAUGCAUCUAAUAUGCGUGCCCUUCAAUGCUUUCAGAGCUAUAAUUGGCUACUGUUAUCUGACUGCGUGUCAGUUAUGUUGGUCAUCAUCAUAAACAGGCAUCCAAUAGUGUUCUGCUCUUUUUCACAGCUCUGCCUUGAACAUUUUUUCACUGUGGUUUUGGAUCAGACAGCGUUAAUAGGUGACAGAUUUGUAGUUCGAUUGUGUAGUUUGUGACCCCAUCUUGUGGAUCAUGUUGCAUACUGUGAACACCACAACAACAUGAAAACAAAACAAUGAACAGCACAGGGAUAUGCAGAUUGUUAAGGUCAUGUAGUGUGAACUGGAUAUAAGUGUCACUCCUGCUGUGUGAAGAUAUGGAGUAGCAAAAAUACAUAGCAAAAUAUGUCUUUAGUCAGUUCUGCAAAUACUUUAAAUUGCAUAAAUCUUAAUUUUUACUAUGCCUUCACACCAUCGCAGGUGACAAAGUCAAAAUUUACUCUGGCCACCCCACCAACAAUACUGUGCUUUCACAGCACUGCUGGCGAGAGCGUCAUUAGCUUGCAGUUUGCACUCUGAUGACUAACCAUUUUUACUUGAUUUCUAAUUGAAUAAAUCAAUCAAAAGCUGUUUGUGUAGUGAGGAUUCGUGUUCAUGUUUAAGUGCUAGUCUUUUUUCCAAUAUGUUGUCUAUAGAAGACAUUUAUUAGCCUAAUUUGUGAGCAUGUUACAUUACAAACUGUGAAACCCACAACAGCAAUCAUCAACCUCCACCUUUUUUUUUUUUUUUUUGCUUCCACUGGAACUAAUGUUGGAUCCAAAGUUUAUUUGACUGAUUUCUCUAGAAUCCUUUCAAGCAGUGGACUAGUACAUUCCCAAAGGCUGCUGCUGAACUGCAUCAUAGCUCAGAACUAUGAUGUUGGCUUGAUUUCAACUUUUGUCACUCACACCGUCCAAUGUGCAACACACUGCUUUUGCUAGAACUUGCCAUUAAAAUAAAUUACUUCUGGACAUUUGAUGCUCUCACUUGCAAUGUUGUGAAUGCAUGGUUAGAUUUAAUGCAAUGGGUACUACUGUAUAUAUAGUAUUUAUACAUUUUUGUGCAUUUUGGACAGCAUAAUUACUUUCUAGUAAUGGAACAAAUGGACGAACUAAAUAAACUGUGUGAAACUUGAGCUUUAAUGUUUGGACUGGAACAAUGUGAGUGUUUUAUUGUUUUUUCAAAUUAUUGAAAUUUAUUUACAGUUGUUCUUUCUUUGUUGUUGUUUUGCGUUAUUGUUAUUUUUUCACAAUGGUUUUAACCUAUUUUGAUGUAUUUAUAAAAGUUUGUAUAUAAUUGUGUCUGUCUUUUCCAUUAUAAAAACUUUAAAACCACAAGUGCGUUAUUCUAAUAUUGUAGUGAAACCAAAACAAAAUGCUGCCAAGUCUUCUUUUGUUUAUGCUGAGUAAAUAUCUGUUUUUUUUUUCUCUCUGUUUGUUCUUUGUUUUGGGGUGAAGGAAUUCCACAAUAGUAAGAAGUUGUACUGGUGUUAAUUUUUGGUGGGGAGGGGUGUUGGGGUUUAUUUUUUAUUUUUUUACGGGACAUCAAGGGUUGUUCUUGUUUUUUUUUUGUUUGUUUUUUAUGAUUAUUUUAAUGAAGUAGCCCUUGUGGAUAUAACGGUUUAUGUGACAUUUAUUUAGGUUGUUUUUUAUUAAUACAGUGAGUUUUUCAUACAAUGUGUCAAGUGUCUUAACUGGUAAUCACCUGUUAACCGUUCUUUCUUAUUUUGUUAUUUAUUUUUUUUUCAAAUAAAUUCAUAAACAAUCAA